UCCGCCAGCAGCGCCCCGGCCACCGCGCCCCGGCCCCGGCCCCGGCCGCGGCCCCGGGCUCGGCGCUGGCCCCGGACCAUGAAGCGGCAGAACGUGCGGACGCUGGCGCUGAUCGGCUGCACCUUCACCUACCUGCUGGUGGGCGCCGCCGUCUUCGACGCGCUCGAGUCGGAGCAGGAGACGGAGGAGAAGCGGCGGCUGGAGCAGAAGCGCCUGGAGCUGGCGAGCAAGUACAACCUGAGCACGGCCGGCUACCGCGAGCUGGAGUGGGUGGUGCUCAAGCUGAAGCCGCACAAGGCGGGCGUGCAGUGGAGGUUCGCCGGCUCCUUCUACUUCGCCAUCACCGUCAUCACCACUAUCGGGUACGGCCAUGCGGCUCCCAGCACCGACGGCGGGAAGGUCUUCUGCAUGUUUUACGCCCUGCUGGGGAUCCCGCUCACCCUGGUCAUGUUCCAGAGCUUGGGCGAGAGGAUCAACACCUUCGUCAAGUACCUGCUGCACCGCAUGAAGAAGUGCCUGGGCAUGCGGCGGGCCGAGGUGUCCAUGGCCAACAUGGUGACCAUCGGCUUCUUCUCCUGCAUCAGCACCUUGUGCAUCGGGGCCGCCGCCUUCUCCUACUACGAGCACUGGAGCUUCUUCCACGCCUACUACUACUGCUUCAUCACGCUCACCACCAUCGGCUUCGGGGACUACGUGGCGCUGCAGAAGGACGGGGCGCUGCAGACCAAGCCGCAGUACGUGGCUUUCAGCUUCGUCUACAUCCUCACGGGGCUCACGGUCAUCGGGGCCUUCCUCAACCUGGUCGUGCUGCGCUUCAUGACCAUGAACGCCGAGGACGAGAAGCGGGACGCGGAGCACCGGGCUCUGCUCACCCGCAACGGCCAGGCCAGCAGCGUCCACACCACGGACACGGCCUCCUCCACGCCGGCGGCGGGCGGGGGCGGCGGGGGCGGCUUCCGCAACGUCUACGCCGAGGUGCUGCAUUUCCAGUCCAUGUGCUCUUGCCUGUGGUACAAGAGCCGGGAGAAGCUGCAGUACUCCAUCCCCAUGAUCAUCCCCCGGGACCUGUCCACCUCGGACACGUGCGUGGAGCAGAGCCGCGCCUCGCCCGGCCGCUACCCCGACACCGCCUCCAACCGCUGCUUCUGCAACGCCCAGCGCUCGGCCAUCAGCUCCGUCUCCACGGGCCUCCACAGCCUCGCGGCCUUCCCGGGACUCAUGAAGCGCCGCAGCUCCGUGUAACCGUGCCCGGGCCCAGGGACCCUACCCCGGAGGAAAACGUGUCCAAGACCAGUGCCCUCCGGGGUGAGGCGAAGCUGGGGGACUCCCCGCCGAUUUAUCCGGUGCCGACAGAGGCAGGAAUACAUCGAUGCCGGCGGCCAAGCAGACCACGUGCUGUUGCGUGUGCAAAUGGACAUGCACGUGCAGGGACACACGGAGCUGCGUGCACUGGUUCUUUGCACGGGGGGGAGGAUCUCUCUUGCUCCAGUUGCAGCCACUCCACAAAAUGUGAAGCAGGCUCCGCGUGCGCCCGCGUCUCUCCAGCCAUACCUCCGCCGCGGCGUCUUCUCUGAAUGCCGCCAGGGAUGUACACGGGUCCUGCCAGGUGGCACAUGGCCCUUUCCCUGCCCACCCCGGCCGGGACGGUCCCCAUCCCCCCACGCCCAUAGGGAGCCCCCUCACCCUCCAUGCAAGAGGUCAUUGCACACUCUCAGAGUAGAUGGGCGGCUGUGACAGAGUGCUGCACGAGUGUGUGUGUGCAUCCGUGUGUGUGUGCACACACAUGCGUGCAAGAGGCUGUGCAUGCCCCUCCUGGCUGCACAUGCAGCUCAGCCCGCUGCAGAUACAAGGCACUGGAGCAAUCUCCCCGCUCUCUGCAACCACACACCUCAGUCCCAUCCCCUGUGAGUCCUCGGCCCACGAGGCAAAGCUGGACGGGACGCGUGCCAUUGGCAUGGGGCUGGCAGACAGGCAGGGAGAGGGGCUUCCCGCUUCCCAUAGCGAGACAUCUCCUCCCCAGGGAGCGAGUCCUGCCUCCACGCGGGCUCUACCUCUGCUGAGCAUCACUGAGCCUAGCAGCCCCGGCUCAUCCGCCUGGCAUCCCCCCCUACCCAUGCCGUCCCCCUGGGCUUGUGGCACUAGCAUCAGCAAAAGCAGGGAGAAAAUAGUAGGUCUCAGGGCCGCAGAGCCAGCCCGGCUAAGAGCCGUGCAUGCAUCACCGGGCGAAUCAGGCUAAGAGGGGCUUAGGCAGGAGCUUUUUAUAUUCCUGCUCACGUGACCCUGCCGCGCGCCGCAGACGACAGGCCGGGAGUCACGUAGCCAGCUGCAAAGGUCUGGCUGGGAACGGGGGGCUGGACAAAAGGGCUGGUGGGGGGGCUUUUUAAUUGCAUCCUGUCUACCCAAGGAGCUGCCCUGCAAGAGACGUGAGAGAGGGGAGACCCGGGACAGCGAGGACACAGAUCCCCGGGGGGCUUGGCAUGGUACCCACCCUGCCCGCCUCCAUGCACGUAGGGGUGAGGCUGCCUCCAGGGUCUGGUUUAAGAGGCGGAGGGUGGGUUUGAAGGCAGGGGUCGUUGCCAAUGGUCUUCUCUGGGCACAGAUGGGAAGAGCUGUGGGGGCAGUUUCCGGCACGGGGGUAUCGGAUGUGCCCGUUGCACCAAGCUGGUCCCAGGCAGCCUGUCUGCUGGGCUGGGGAAGGAUCGGGGAGUCAAAAUGCUUUGUCUGGGCUUUUCCAGGGCUGUAGUCAGGCGUGGGGAUGCCCACAGCCAGUCAGACCCCACUCUGAGCCAGGCUUAGAGGCAUCCCAAAACCAGACCUCCUUUCCCCAGGGGUGUCUUUCCUUGCACUUGAGCCUACAAGCACUUUGGAAACAUCCCCAGCCCCUCACAGGCACCUGGACAGGCGGUGGUCCCGUCCGACAGGAUGGGAGAGCCAAGCUCCUCCACCGCCCUCAGCCCAUAGCACGGGUCCGAGGCUGGCACUGAGGCUGGGUGCCCCCUGCCCAAUUUCAUCUGGCAACUACCUCUCAUGCCUCCAUCAGGGCAGGAUGAUGCCCAGGUCCCAGCUCCAUUUGCUCUUGCUCUGCCAAGCCCCCCAGGGUCUCCUGGAAGCAGCCUCUUGCCCCAGAGAAGAGGAUCUCGCCCCCCAAAACCACCCUGCAGAGCACCCCAGUGGGGAGGGCAAGCUCCAAGGAAGCACCGUUUGCAGACAGUCCCCAUGCGCUGAGUUUUUCCAGCAAGAUGGUAGGAUCAUAGGCUGGUAGGGGAACCCUGAAGAGAUCAUAUCUAAUCCAACCUGGAUUAGCCCUGCCCAUCCCAGCGUCCGUCUGUCCUGCUCUUUUGCAUUUCCAAGGGGGCAGAUUCCCCUUUCUCUGGGCACCCUGAACCACCCGCAGACUCAGAAAGUCCCUCGAUUCCCUGUGCUGCGAUUGAAACCCAUUGCUCCCAGCCCUGUCCCCUCCAGCCCAUCUCCAUCUCCCCUCUAACCACCCUUCAGGUAUCUAAAGACUGUUAGCAACCCCCUAGCCCCCAAAGUCAAACUAAAUAGCCCUGGUUCUUGUAGCCUUUCCCCAUCAGUCAUGCCUCCUGGGGCCCUCGAUCCAUUUAAUGCCCCGUGAGGGGACUCUUCCCAACCCGUCCACGUCCUUCUUGCAGUGCAGGGCCCAAAAUGGGACACGGGGCUCCUCCGCAGUGCCGAAUAGAGGGGAAGAAGCACUGCCUUUGGUUUGCAAGUGAUGCUCCUGUUUGUGCCACCCAGGAGUCUGUGGGCUUGGCUUGCAAGGAGAGCGCACGGCCGGCUGCAAGCAACCCGUUCUUCCAGCUCAGCUCAGGGAGCAUCCCCUGGAGAUCCAGUCCAGGACGUAGCAGGAGAAACCAGGUCUGAUGUUAGAGGCUUCCCGCCAGGCCCGCAUCUCAUUGCCCGUGCCCUGGCAUCUCACAAGGCGGGACGCCCAAACCCUAGUGCAUUGGGAGAUUACGGGAGAGAGAAACCUGCCAGGCAUUGCCGUAUUUAAUACAUGCCUGCCUCCAGAUUGCCCGCUGCUGUAUCCCUCACGGCUGCGGGGCCGCGGAUAGGAUGGCAAGUCUCACUGGUUGUCAGGCCCUGGCAGCUCUAGAAUAGAAAACAAGUCUGCGCGGCCCCUCCGGGCGCUAGCAUACACGCUGCGGUCCGCCAAGUGACCCCACCGCUACCCAGGAGAGCAAAACAAGGCAGACACAAAGCAGGACCCGUAUCAGGUUUCCUGGCACUGGGGCGGAGGCAUGAGCCAGGCACCUUGCUUCAGGAUGCAAGGCAGAGGUCUGUGGCUGGGGGAGCCGCGGCGUUCACAGGGGUGGUGGGAGGAGGGAUGCAUUCAACCAGCCAAACUGCAGCCCGAGCUGGAUCUGGGUCCAAAGCUUGGGGUUUGAGUGGUUCUUGUCGGGGGGAGAAGGGCAGCCAGCGCCCCUGGCUGGCAGGCAGCUAAACACACUUGUCUACCAGGCCAGCUCCAUGCUCCAGGCUGCGAGGGAAGCUGCAAUCUCAAGGGAGAGGGCAUAGCGGAGGGCAACCCUUGCCCAUUACCCAGCUGAUUUAUGGAGGCGGAUGGGAUGGGGAAAAGGCCAGCCACCCUUUGGUUGCAAGAGGGAAAUCUGCCUCGGGGAUGCAAAGGAGGGUGGGAAAGGCCCGGACACAGCAUUUCACCCCAAAUCACCAUGGCCCGUGGGCAGCAGAGGAAAGGAGCUGGGCCUGGAGCUCCAGCACUGCCCCACAGCAGUCCAGGCUGCUAUUUGCAGAGCUAAAGUUGCUCCCCAUUCCCGCCCGCCCUCCUAGCCCCUUCCCCCUCCAACCCUGGGCCCCAGAAAGCCUCCCUCCACAGAUGUGCACACGUGUGCGGUCAGGACUAAAAGCACUGGGAGCACUCUUCCUGGCGGAGCACACACUGGGGGUGCGACAACCGUCCUGGGUGCCCCCGCACAGCUUUCCCAGGAUCCCUGCCGCCGUGCCGGGGGCGGCUGCACUGAGCCGUGAUUUUUAUCCCCUCUCCCCCACGACACGGAGCAGCCCGAGGAUGCAGCACCCCCACUGCUGUGCAACCCCACGUCCCCCCUCUCCCCGAGAGACGCCCGCGUUUCGAAUACUUGACGACCUGUACAUACAGUUAGAUGCAGGAAGAGGAUAUUUAUUACCCAGCAGGACGCUGUCUUCAUCCUAUCUAUACAACUCUAUCGGUCUCGAAGGCCAAGGCGCGUUGGCCUGGAGGGUGUGGUGGGGUGGGAUGGGUGGGGGGGAGCCGAUGACCCUGGGAAAUUUUGCUCUCAGCAUCUCUCAUCCUUAAGACACCGAGGGGAGGAAAGGACCCAGUCCCCUCAGACCAAGGUUACCUAUUUCUCAUGCCAAAAUCUAUUUGUACUGCUGAUUUACUUUCAGUCUAGAGAGAAAUAAAGUCCAGUUCAGAGC